AGAUGGGUGGGAAAUUAUUUCCCUUAGACAUUUUCCAAACACUGCGUGUCUGGAUAAGUCGGUAAAUUGGAACGGGGAAGGACGUGCCUAGUUGAGAUCAAUCUAUUGCGUUUGAGGUUAUCAAAAAAAAAAAAAAAAAACUAUUGCGUUACGUCCAACUCCCCCGGCGACGGUGGAAGCGGGAGCAGCCCGACGUCCUCGUCCGACUCCCCGGCGACGGUGGAAGCGGGAGCAGCAGCAGCCCGGCGUUGCUUCCGGCGGCAUUACCUCCUCGUCCUCGUCCGACUCCCUGCCGAGAUCCCGGCCUUUCCGUCCCGACCGCACCGGCGGCGGCGGCGGAGCAUCGGGCCCCUUCGGCUUCAGAUCCGGCGGACGAGGUCGCGGUCGAGGGGAUCUACUGCGGCGGUGGGGUCGAGCGAGGGACCGGCGGCCGCGACGGGCAUCGACCACUGGGAGUUCGCCUGCAGCUUGAGCAGGACCUUGUCCUGCGCCACGUGGAAGAGCGCUCCCACCUCCGCCCCGUCGCCGCCGCCGCUCGUCGUGGUGGGUAGGGGAUUCACUGAUUUGCUGCACUCUGUUUGCUCGGGGGAUCGAGAGGGAUAGGAGGAAGAGGAGUGGAGAGGAAGAAGGUAGAAGAUGAGGGACAAUUUGGUCCAUAAAGAUAGAAGAUAAAAGGAAUUUCGUCGAAGUAAAGCCCUCGCACCAACUUAGCCAUCGUCGCCUUCCCGUAGGCCGGCCGGCCGGCGACCACCGCCUUCCGAAACCGAUGGCUGCAGAGACGCGUCCUAGCCGCUACCGUCGGCUUCGGAAGGCCUCGGAUCUCUCUACCGCCACCACCGCUUCCCCACUCUCCAAACGGAUUUGUAUGGGCAAGAAAUGCACCAGUUAUGAGGACAGGAUCAGCAGCUUACCUGAAGAGAUACUACUCAUGAUCCUUGGCAAGCUAGACACACGGACGACAGUAACAACCACCAUCCUUUCAAAGAGAUGGCGUGAUCUUCCUCGAUGUUUGCCCACAUCCUAUAACCUUGCUGUCGAUGACAUCCUCCCACCACGGUAUCACCGCCUCAAACGCCUUAACAUGGAGGCUAAGGCGGCCUAUGAAACAGAGAAGAUUGUACACAAACUGACCGACAUCUAUGCCAUCAAGGCUCGGCAUGAGCGUUGGAUGACCACUAUCAGACCACUCACGGCCAUCCUAGAACGCUACGAGCGCCGGGCCAUGAGACGCUAUGUCAAGCAGGUGAAUGCAUUUCUUCUAGCUCCAAAGAAUGUGCGUCAACGCUGGCCUGUCCAGAAGCUGAGGCUCCAAACGCUAGGGCGUUGGCAUGAGAAUAUUGAUGAAUGGAUCACCACAGCCAUUGCCAAGUGGGGUGUCGAGGAUUUUGAGCUUGUUGUCGAUGGCUUUUGCCUGGGCUAUGACCUCAAGCAGCUGGAUACAUACCGGAGCUUGCGGCUGGAGCGGCUUGCGUUGUCCAAUUGCGAGGCUGUUUGUGCAUGGAACUGCUUGACAGUAAAGAGGCUCACCAAACUCUCAUUGAGUGAAGGUUCAUUUAUGGGAUUGCUCAAUGAUAUCCUUGCAAACUGCGUGCAGCUAACAGAUUUCAGGGUCGCAUUUUCAAGUUAUUACCGAGCCAAAGUCCGUAUCUAUGCCCCAUCAUCGAAAUUAAAGAAUCUGCAAGUGGACAGGUGCAACUUUGGGAAAAUCUAUCUGAUAUGUCUGCCUUGUCUUGAAACUUUUGUUUGCCGCGGUCGCCCGACCAAGUUAUCCUAUGGUGAGGUGCCUCAGCUCAGGCAUGUGAGGUUGGACUACAUUCAAACUGAAGAUAACGACAUAGAUGAUGAAUCUGGUACUAAGAGGACAUAUCCACCGAGCAAAUUCUUCAAAAAGAUCCCAAAACUAGAUUCCCUUGUUCUUCAGUUCAAAGGGACACAGAUGUGGAUCGAACCAUUUGUUGUUCUCAGUGAGUUCAGUCAGCUCAAGAAGCUCUUCAUCGCAAAUGUCCCAGUGAACUGGGAUAUACUGUGGAUUCUCCUACUGCUCGAUGCAACGCCAGCCUUGGAGUCAUUACAUGUUCAUAUUGACAACAACUCAGAAGACAGAACUGCAGGUGAUCUCUGCGCCAGCCUCGACGUCGGUGUGCAGCAGGAUCGAUACCGUCACCUGAAGGAGCUCGUCGUGGCCGGCUUCGACGGACUGGGCUGGCAAGCUGGCUUUGUCAGGCUGAUAAUGAAGAGGUCGCCGUUGCUGAGACGCGUUCACCUGCUUGACGGGGAGGUCAGGGAUGACGAGGGGGAGCUGGGGGAUCUGCAGAUCGUCCCACGCCACCGGGAGUGGCACGAGUGUGAGCGAGCUGAGGUGCUCGAUGACCUCACCACUGGGUUUCGCUGGCCUCCUCAAAUAAUUCUGGAAUAAGCGUGUCCUUUCAGUUAACUUGUUUAGAUUAGGAAAAUAAUAAUAAUAUGUGUGCCUUGUGACUUUGCUUGACGAUGCAAAUGACGCAGAGCUGAAGUGCUCCGGUUCCAUGUCUGUCCCUUUACAAAACCGUGUCUUAUAGUAGACAUUUUGGAAGAACCAGUGCGGUUGUUGUACCAGUUUGUUUUGUUUGAACACUCAGGGGUUGUUUAGAUUCAGGGGUGUAAAGUUUUGACGUAUCA